CCGCCCAGUGCCGUGUCCACCGGCGCCUGGGGUUGGUCCUCCACUGUCCCAGCGUGCCGUGCGGCGGUCUCUUCCUCCAUCUUGGGCUUUGGGGCAGGCUGUGAGUGGGUCCGGCUGCCUGGCGCGCACUCACAAUGCCUGGAAGAUUGUGGUGCAAAGCUGUUUUUACUGGCUAUAAACGGGGCCUUCGAAACCAAAGGGAGCAUACAGCUCUGCUGAAGAUCGAGGGUGUUUACUCCCGUGAUGAAACUGAAUUUUACCUGGGCAAAAGAUGUGCCUAUGUAUACAAGGCAAAGAACAAUACUGUCACUCCUGGCGGUAAACCAAAUAAAACUCGCGUUAUUUGGGGUAAAGUGACUCGUUCUCAUGGUAACAGUGGCAUGGUCCGUGCUAAAUUCAAAAGUAACCUGCCUGCAAAAGCUAUCGGGCACAGGAUUCGGGUGAUGCUGUAUCCAUCAAGAAUUUAAAACAGCUGUACAUAAAUUGAAAAUAAAUAGCCAAGUGGUUUAAAUUGUCUA